UUCUUGAAAUCAUGAAUCCUGUCUAUAGCCCUGGAUCUUCUGGGGUUCCCUAUGCAAAUGCCAAAGGAAUUGGUUAUCCAGCUGGUUUCCCCAUGGGCUAUGCUGCAGCAGCUCCUGCAUAUUCUCCUAACAUGUACCCUGGAGCAAAUCCUACCUUCCAAACAGGUUAUACUCCAGGUACACCUUACAAAGUAUCCUGCUCUCCUACCAGCGGAGCUGUGCCACCGUACUCCUCUUCCCCCAACCCCUACCAGACCGCCGUGUACCCUGUGCGAAGUGCCUACCCCCAGCAGAGCCCGUAUGCUCAGCAGGGCACAUACUACACACAGCCACUGUAUGCAGCACCCCCCCACGUCAUCCACCACACCACAGUGGUGCAACCCAAUGGCAUGCCUGCAACAGUGUAUCCUGCUCCUAUCCCUCCUCCUCGGGGCAAUGGUGUCACCAUGGGCAUGGUUGCUGGGACCACCAUGGCCAUGUCAGCAGGAACCCUGUUGACUGCUCACUCCCCAACUCCGGUUGCCCCUCACCCGGUCACUGUGCCCACAUACCGGGCCCCAGGAACACCCACUUACAGCUAUGUACCCCCUCAGUGGUGAUUACUCUGCAGAUAAAUGUUUGAGGAUGGAGCUGUGCAGUCACAUCAUUGAGGUUCCACAGCUGGUGCUGCAGGCCUUGUGCCUCCAACCAGGACUUUCUUCUUAAUGCUCUCGACACUUAGCUAAACAUGACUAUGUCCCAGCCCAGCAGGUUCCAGCGCCACCGUUAGUCUCCAGCUAACUCUGUGGGUUGGUCUUAAAGCAAAUCCUGUUU